GUCCCGACCCGGUGCUCUGGUUGCGGGCUGCCAUUUUGUCCUGCUGCGCGCUCGCACGGGCUGCUGCUACCCGCGCGGAGAUGCCUGAAAAGCCAGACCGCGACGUGUACCGCGAGCCGCCGCAGCGCACGCCGGCGCCGAACCCCCAGACGAGCAUCCCCAACCCGCUCGACCUUCUCGAUAAGAUCUUUUACUACACGGUGGACAAGCCGGUCACGGCCUGGAGGGAAUGGAUCGAACGGCAGCAUGAAAAGAACAGAAUUUAUUAUUAUCACCAGAAUUUCCGCCGUGUGCCAGACCUUACAGAAUGCAUGGAGGAUGAUAUCUUGUGCAUCUAUGAGGCAGAGAUGCAGUGGGAAAGAGAUUACAAAGUCGAUCAACAAAUUGUGAAAAUAAUCCAGGACAGAUUAGAGGCUUGCAAGCAACGGGAAGGGCCUAGCUUCCUGCAGAACUGUGCCGCGGAGCUGCAGCAGUUCAAAGACGUGAGCCAGGCGUACGAGAGCAGAUAUAGCGAACUGGGUGCCUACAGAUCAGCACGCAAGUGUCUCAUGAAGCAGAAGCACCGGAUGAUUGCAGAACACAAGGCCCAGGCAGCAGCCAAAAGCCAGGACUGAGCAGAACUUGCUCAUCACAACUUAGGACUGGAUUUCAAACAGCUGAUGCAUGCUUACUGUUUGAUAGCACACCCAGUGGCAACACCUAUGCUUUUCUCUCAAAAUUGUAAAAUAACAUGGCAAACUUCAGCACCAAUGUUGAAAAAUAAACUUAAGACUUAAAUGUC